AUGGCCCCUCCACCUCCUCCACCUCAUAACCCGUCUCCCUCUGCCUCCGAUUACUCCAACUCCGCCUCCGCGUAUCGCCCUCCGAUUCCCCUCUCUUCCAUCACCGCCGCUGCCGCCUCCUCCUCCUCCUCCGGCGUCAUGAACUACCUCUGGAUCCCACUUCUCCUCGCUCUCUCCAAGGAGCUCGCAGGCUCCGCCAGCGCUGACUCCACUGCCUCGGUCCUCGCCUUGCCCAGUCAGGCCGGCGGUUUCCCGGCGGUUCCACGGUGCCCCACAGAGGAUCCUAGCCUCAACUUCCGUCCAGUGAUUGGAAUCCUCAGCCACCCUGGGGACGGCGCCUCCGGCAGGCUCAGCAACGAUUCUGAUGCCUCCUACAUCGCUGCCUCUUAUGUGAAGUUUGUGGAGUCAGCUGGCGCGAGGGUUAUUCCCCUUAUCUACAACGAGCCUUCGGAGGUUCUUAAUGAUAAACUCAAAUUGGUCAAUGGAGUAAUCUUAACAGGAGGGAGGGUCAAAACAGGUCUCUACUUUAAGGUUGUUGAGUCGAUAUUUAAGAAUAUUCUGAAAAAAAAUGAUGGUGGAGAUCAUUUUCCUUUGCUUGCGAUAUGCUUAGGUUUUGAACUGUUAACGAUGAUCGUCAGUGAGGACCAAAACAUUCUGGAGAAUUUCAAUGCAGUAAAUCAAGCUUCGACAUUGCAAUUCAUAGAUGGCAUAAAUCUAAAGAGAACUGUGUUUCAAAGGUUUCCUCCGCCUUUGCUAGAGAAGCUAAGGACAGAAUGCCUCGUGAUGCAAAAUCACCGUCUUGGCAUUUCACCUGUUAAGUUCCAAGGAACCAAGAACCUUAGCAGUUUCUUUGAGAUCCUAACAACUAGUACUGAUCAAGAUGGCAAGGUCUAUGUUUCGACAGUUCAGGCAGACAAAUAUCCAGUGACUGCUGUUCAGUGGCAUCCAGAGAAAAAUGCUUUUGAGUGGGGCUUAUCACGGAUCCCACACUCGGAAGAUGCCGUUGAAGUCACUCAGCUUGUUGCUAACUUUAUUGUGAGAGAGGCUCGGAAGUCUAUGAACAGGCCAUCUCCCCUGGAAAAUAAGAGCUCAUGGACUUUUAAAGACACGGUUUUCGGGUGCACGAACGGGUCCCCUGUGUUCUCCGGGAUUCUUGGCUUGAACAAAUUGCCAGUUUCUUUGAUAAGCCAGAUUAGGAAAAGCGUUCGAGGACAAUACUCGUACUGCCUGCACCAAGCGCAUGGCUAUUUAAGGUUUGGAGAUGACAUCCCAAAAAUUGGGAAAGAUGUCAAAACCACAUCAAUAUUACAUCAUUCGGCCGAGACAAUGUUUCUAGAGCUGAAAGACAUAAGUGUAGCUGGGAAGAGGCUGGGAAUAUCUACAGCACUAUUCUCGUAUUCACAGGGGGGAUUCUUUGUCGACACUGGGACCCAGCUCACAAUCCUCAAGAGACAAGCUUAUGAUAAGGUGAUGAAAGCAUUUGCAAAUUUUUACGACGUUCGGCUAAAACGGGCCAGUAAGAAGAUUCAGCACCUGGACCUUUGUUAUAAGCAAAAUUCGACCAUGAGUAAUAUUGCUAACAUGACCUUUCAUCUACAAGGGGCGGACUAUGUGCCCAGUCAUAUGUAUGUAGCGCCUGAGAUUGGUAUUAUGUGCAUUGGUAUACUGCCAGGAGAACUAUCUAUAUUGGGAGUGUUGCAGCAGUUCAAUAAAAGGUUCGUUUUUGACAUAAACAAUAAUGUGCUGAAGUUUGUCAGUGAGGAUUGCUCGAAGGAUAGAGGACAAUAG